GUGCAAGGGCACAAUAGAAAAUCCCUUUUUCGAGCACCAGUCGAGGCCCGGCAGCACUCAGAGAUGGUGUUCUUUCGUUCUCCGAUCGACGUAAGGGGUUUCCAGCCCGUUUAUGGGCUUGCUCCCACUCGCAGCUGACUAGCUUCUGUGUGCCGGCCGACGCGGAUCUCGCCCUCUGGACUGUCUCCGCCUUCAGGUCCCUUGGGAUGCGCCACAGGCGAAAGCCAAAUCUAUUUUCCGCUAGGGGAACCCCAGAAUGAUACAAAUAAAAGGCCACUGGGAAUCGGUCCUGCGUGCCACGCUCCGCCAGCCUCCUUCAUCUCGGGAUUUCUGUGGCAUUCAUCUAUCAAGGAUGCACAUUCCCAUCCGGCAAUCUCUGCCCUCGCAUCCGCUGCAAACAGGUGGCACAACCCCAUCAUCACUUCAGCUGUACUUCGCUGCUGACCGGGACAGAGGCCCCAGUCGCUGCACGACGUCACCUUUUAUUAUAUUAGUUUUGGCGAGUCGAGGUGAAGGGGUCUUUGAGCGCUGCGGAUUGGCUACAGCUCCACUGGAUAAAUGAUCCCGCUUCUCCUGCUGAGGCUACCUCGCCUUGGCCAAUAUAACGAUUUCAAAGCCUCCCUACUUAUUGUUGCAGUACAUGUGUGGGGCCGACGCAGGCUGCUGGAGAACAUUGUGAACAUGUUUCCUGAUGCUGGGAUGCUUGUUGGCUGCGUACGAACAUCCAGCACCGACUCUGAGACCAACCGCGGAUGGC